AUGUUAAAAGCAAUCGAACCAACUCCCAAAGAUUAUCCCUCAAGAUCUAACAGGAAAAGGCAUGGGAAACACCGAUCUGAACCAGAUGAUGAAGAACCGAAAACCAAUGAGGAACACCCUGAUUCAGCUCCAAGCAAACAACCAAGGAAAAGAAGGAGAAACCCAAGACGGAAAAGGUAUCAACCGCCAUUUUCAUCGAACGAUCCUGCCGUACGGACGGCAAUGUACGUAGCCAUGGCCCAUGCAGGGCUUGCUUUAACACUGGCUCUCCUCUUCGGCCUCAGCAAGCUCCUGCAGAACUACUGGCGCCCCAUCCAAUGGGCCAUUCUUUGUUCCAUGCCUUUACGUGGGCUCCAAACCCUGAUAGUUUCCUUCUGGUCGCACCCUCUUAGUCUCGGCCUUUUCGAAACCCUGAUCGCCAUCCCCAUUGCCAUUCUACGCGCCACCACCGCCUCCCUCCUCGACUCGCAUGCGGCCCUCCUCCGCCUAUUCAGCUGCCGCUCCUCUCCUAGGCCGGCUGGUCGCCGGCGGACACGUGUUGGUUUCUAUAAGCUCAUGCAAUGGCUUGUCUCUUUUGGCCUUUUUGUUCUUGUUUAUGAGAGAAUAGGGUUUUUCUCUAUUCCAGCUGUUACAGUCCCUUGCUUUGUAGCCUACACAAAUGGUUUUGCAGUUAUAAUUAGGCCUGGCCUUGCAACAACUCUCUCAAGGAUUUCAUCUGCUCGACAAAACAGAAAAAAAUUUCAUAAGAAUAGAAGUUUCUCAUUCUUUUGCAAGGGAGGUCAAUAUAUAACUUCAAUGAUGUUUAAGAGAUUGAAUACAAUGGUUGGGAUUGGUCUUAUUUUGUUUAUGAUUGUAGGGUCUAUAUUAGGAUUUCUUUUCUUCUCUUAUAAAAUUGCAAUUGAAGGGAAAGAAGCAGUCAUUUCUUUGAAGAUUCAUUUGGAAGAGAAUAAUUAUGGUGAGAUAAUUGGGAUUAGUAAAUGGAUGGAUGAGAAUCAAGUCCCUGAAUUAAUUGAUAGCUACAUGUCCAAGUUUUAUGAAACUUUGUCACAAAAUAUUGAUUCUUGGGCUGUUUAUUACAAUGUGACAGAGGUUGUUGAUGGUUUCAAGCAGUAUUUUGUGCAAAGCUCGGUAGUUUCUUGCAUUCCUGAUGAAAAAGUUGGCUUCCGGAGGCCAGUGUAUGAAACCCUUUAUAGCCUUCAAUCAAAGGUGAGGAAUGGAGAGUGGAAAGUGAUUUAUAGGGAUAUUAAUGGUGAGUUUAGGAAAUUCAUGUCUCUGAUCGCUAAUGAGGAUUUGUUGGAGAAGAUCAAAGCAUUUCUUCUUCAGAGUUUGGAUGUCUCGAAAAAGGUACUUUUUAGCUGUUCGAUGGUGUUAGCUAGAGGUGCAAAUCUGUUGUUCUUUGUGGCCAUACUGAUUGUUUCAGGAGCAGCAGGAUUGGUGAAUUUUAUAUUUGAAUUGAUGGUGUUUUUGUGGCUUUUGUAUUAUCUGAUCACUUCAGAUUCUGGAGGAGUUAUGGACCAUGUUUUAGGGAUGUUGCCAGUUUCAAGAUCCACCAGGAAUCGAUGUGCCCAAGUUCUUGAUCAUGCUGUUAGCAGUGUAUUGCUAGCUACCGCCAAGGUCACAUUGUUCCAGGGCUGUUUUACAUAUCUUCUGUUCAGAUUCUACCGCAUUCAUUUCCUUUACAUGUCCACAUUUCUAGCUCUUUUAAGCGCUCUUUUACCUAUAACUCCAGCUUGGAUUUCAUCGAUCCCGGCAGCACUCCAGUUAGCCAUGGAAUCAAGAUACAUUGAAGCUAUUCUACUGACAGCAGUUCAUGUGAUACUAUUGGAUUAUGGGACUAUGGCUAUCCAAGAUGAGAUUCCAGGACAUAAUACUUACUUGACAUGUCUUAGCAUAUUUGGUGGCAUUGCCUUUUUCCCCUCUAUAUUGGAAGGAGCAAUUAUGGGUCCUCUAGUGAUGACUGUGAUCAUUGCUUUGAAGAAUCUUUAUGUCGAAUUUGUUCUUGCUUUUGCUGCACUGGUUUCCAACUCAGAUCGAGUUUUUGAUUUUUUCACCCAUCUUCUUAUUUUCAAUGGGGGAACUUUCAAGUUCAGGGGACCUUGGUUUCCUAGCUUGGACUUCGUUCUCACUAGCGACCCCAUGAAUGUGAACCGCAUCUUGUGCAGAAACUAUGAUAACUAUGAGAAAGGUGCAGAGUUCAGGGAGAUUUUCGAGCCAUUCGGAGAAGGAAUUGUCACUUCGGAUUCACAUGUAUGGAGAAACCAAAGGAGGGUAUUGCAAUCAUUCACCAAGAAUAACAAGAAGUAG